AUGGCAACCACCGACCCUCAUGUCGAGCUCCACCCGGAGGGCUUCUUUGUCGAGACGCCGGAAGCGAGUUUCAAGCCGUUUUCAUCGGGUGACGACGACCCGUCGACGGCGCUUGCGCCGGGCGAGCCCAUUGCGAUGAAGUCGCGGCCCGCUAUCGUCUUCUUCGUGCAAAUGUUCAUGGCCAACCUCCUCCAGAUUCUGCUGCCGCCGCUCAACACGUACAUCUAUGGCUCGUACCUCCACGGAUCGGCGGCGCACGUCGCGCAGAUCGCGUCGCUUCAAGCCGGCGCGUGGACCUUGCGCGUCUUCUUCGGCGUCCUCAUCGACAUUGUGCCCGUCUUUGGCUACCGGCGCAAGUUUUGGCUCGUCGCGGGCUGGCUCCUUACGAUUGGCGCGCUUCUGUCCAUGGCGUGCCGGUCGUUUGGCGAUCCGUACUGCGACCCAAAGGAUCACCCGGGCUGCGCGACAGCGCGCAAUCCUAACGGCUCGCUCUACAAUCUCGACGCGCCCAACUCGGUUCCGUGGUUUCGCGCGCCAAUCUUCUUCCAGACGCUCGGCGUCAUGAUCGUGCAGGCGACGCUCGACGGCGUCCUCAUCGAGUACGCGCAGCGUGACCCCAUCAGCACCCGCGGCAUCUUCCAGGGCUUUACCUACUUCUUCCAAGGCAUCGGUGCGGUCUGGGGCCGCCUCUUCCUCCAGCUCUUCCUCAACGGCCGGCGCUACGGUGGGUACUACGACUGGUCGGCGGGCCCCAACACACCGUACUUUGUCGCGAUCUUCUUUAGCCUCUGCGCAUUUGUUCCGGCCACCACGCUCUUCCGUGACACGAAGAACCACAUCAAAAGCGUGCCCGCGUGGUUUGGCCAGCUCUGGCAACUGCUGCAGAACCGCGCCGUGUACCAGCUGCUCGCGUUUCGGUUUCUGACCAACCUCUUUCAGAGCCCGACGGGACCGACGGUCGUGACGUGGGUCAAGCACCUCGACCUGGGCUGGGCGAACGUGAUCCCGCGCGUCCCGUACAUCCCCACUAUCAUCCUCACGACCAAGAAGGGGCGCGCGUGGAACUGGCAAAAGGCGCUCUUCAUCGCGACGCUGGUCGGCAUCCUCCUCACCGCGUUUCCCGUGCUCUUUGUCGUCUGGGACGUGUGCCGCAACGACUACUUUUACAUCAUCCUCUUUGCGCUUGCGAUUGUCUCGACGGGCAUGAACACACUCAUACCUGGGUGGGCGCUCGUCGAAGUGGCCGGCGUCGGCCACGAAGCCACGAUUGCUGCCAUCUUUGCCACCAUCAAGGACCUCAACGUGCCCAUCACGACCCGCUGGCGCACUUACAUGGCCGAGUCGUUUCCCGCCAAUCUGGCGUUGCUCGACGACAACCACACACAGAACCAAGUCGGGUACAACUGGCUCAUCUGCCUCGGUAUCCAAGUCGCCGGCCUCGCGUUUAUCUUUCUCAUUCCAUCCCAUCGCCAGCCGCUGCUGGCGAUGAAGCAAGCCAGCAAAGGUUCAAUUAUCGGCGGCGCACUUGUUAUCGCCGGGUACAUCGCUCUCUUUGUCGUCGACUGGCAGCAAAGCUUCAAGGACUACUAG